AUGGCGUCGGUCGCCCAUCAAGAGGUUUCCGGGCGGAACGACGAGGGCUGUGCCCCUUCACUCGUCGCCUACGAGUCGGAUACCGACUACAGCUGCGACUCGUUCGACUCUGACGUCGUUCUAUCGAGCAUGGAAGCGUGGAACGAGGCUAGGAUAGCUAACUCUGUGAAUGCACAGCCAACGCAUCCAUCGACACAUGAGCAGGGACAAGUCAAGCCGCCGCAAAUCGCACAAGACUUCUCAGCUCGCGGGGGAGAACGUAUCGAUAACACCGAACCCAAUCUGUGCCAGGAGCAGCAAGACCUGAUCGAUUUGAUUGCCAGCGGCCGCAAUGUCUUCUUCACAGGCUCUGCGGGAUGUGGCAAGUCCACCGUCUUGAAGGCUGCUGUUAGGAAGCUCCAGGACAUGGGCCGAACUGUCCACGUCGUGGCGCCGACUGGCCGAGCAGCCCUUCAGGUCAACGGUGCAACGACGUGGACCUACAUGGGGUGGACGCCUGAUAACCUCAGGCUUUCCAAGAAUAAGCUGAUAGAUUUAGUGUUCCGCAAGCAUGUCCGGAAACGUCUCAAGAAUACCGACGUGCUCAUCAUCGACGAGAUAAGCAUGGUCGAGAACCACCACCUGGAGCGUAUAAACAUUAGUAUGAAGGCGGCCAGGCGAUGGGGAGAGGACGCUGCGCCUCCGUUUGGCGGAGUACAGGUCAUCGUGACUGGCGACUUCUGCCAACUGCCCCCGGUGAAGCCCUUUGAACAUUGCAUCUUUUGCGGGCAAAAGACGGAGGCUAACGAUUACGAAACCGAGUUCGAUUGCCCCAAGAAUCAUGGGCCGUUUAAGGAGCGCGAGAAAUGGGCUUUUAUGAGCGAGGCCUGGGAAGAAUGUAAAUUUGUGUAUGUGGAGUUGAAGCAGAUACACCGACAGAAGGAUCAAGACUUUCUAAAGAUGCUGCGGAAAUGCCGACUUGGGAUUUCAUUCUCGCGAGAGGAGACGGAAAUCUUAAUGAAUCAUCCGUGCCACGUCACCAAUGCCACGCGACUCUUCUCGACAAAGGAGGAAGUGGCAAGGACCAACACAGACAAUUUUCGUAAGCUGCAGACUCCAAUAGUCAAAUACCAGAGCUUGGACGAGUUCAAUUGGUGCCAGGAUACUCAUCCUUAUUUGAAGCACUACAAUAAUCGCUCCCCAGACGGUUCCCUGGUACAGCUCAAGGAACACCGCCUAGAACGACAGGUACAACUAAGGAUAGGCAUGAUCGUGGUGCUACAAGUCAAUCUCGACCUCCGAGCGGGGCUCUGCAACGGCAGCCAAGGAAUCAUCUGCGGAUUCGAGGACUAUGAUCCUGCCAAACUCCCCAGAGCCAAGUCAAGCACGCGCUCAUCAUCUGCUGCGGAAUCCGCCACCAUAUACGGGGACUAUGCGUCUCUCAAAGAACGACAAGUAGAGCGCUUCAUGGCCGGACAGGAGAUGAAAAUUUGGCCCCGAGUGCUCUUUCAUAACGGCCAAAAGCGCACUAUUUACGCAGAGUGCACAGUCAACUCGUUCGGCCACAAAGAGCCUUACUCACUCUUGCACCGCACGCAGAUUCCCCUGAUGGCCGCCUGGGCCAUCAGCAUCCACAAAAGUCAGGGGAUGACGCUGGACCGCGUCAUCGUCGACGUUUCGAAGGCAUUCGAAGAGGGUCAGGUGUACGUCGCCUUGUCGAGGGCGACGGGUCUGCAUGGGCUCAAGAUUCAGGGCAGCCAGGAGGGUCUGUCGGUUGGGCGCGGAGGCAACGCCGAUGUCCAACUUUUCUCAGGGAGAAGUUUGGAUCCGGAUCCGGGCUCCCGUCCUUAUAUCCUUGAACGGCCCAUGGCUUUCAGGUCGCAGCUGACCGUUCGGGGCGAAAUAGCAAACUGGCUAAUUGUGCUUUGCCUGUUGACAUCUCCCGAACAAUGCUGA